AUGAUUCCAAACAUAGCACCCGUACUGACGGAGCUGGACGAUGUCGAAUCACUGUUGUCUGAGUCUCCGCUUGCUGGCGGAGGCGAUGCUGUCGUGCUGUCUGGAGCUGUUGGUGGAAUUAGUGGUGUACGGCUUGGAGCUAUUGUAGGAGCAAUAGUAGGAGCUAUAGUAGGAGGUGUUGUAGGCACAUUUGUAGGAGAUAUUGUCGGAGUAGCUGUGGGAGCAGUCGUGGGAGCAUUUGUGGGAGCAGUUGUUGGAGCAGUCGUGGGCGCAGUUGUUGGAGCAGUCGUGGGCGCAGUUGUUGGAGCAACCGUGGGAGCAGUUGUUGGAGCAACCGUGGGAGCAGUUGUAGGAGCGAUUGUGGGUGACGAUGUUGGGAUGAGUUCAGAAGUAUUUGGAUUCGUUGGGUCUGGCAAUGUGGGCGCUGCGGUCGAAGGUGCAGUAGUCGGAGCCGUCGAAGCAACGAAAUCGUCAAACUUCUCACCGGAAGUUUGA